AACAGUGUUCUGAAAACCGAGAGUUGCAAGAAAAGGUGAAGCAGCUAGAGCAGCAACUUGCAACAGCUACUAGUGGUACAUUGUUAACGUCUUCUGAACAGUGUUCAUCAGGAGAACACGCCGAUGAGUUGAAAAAGAAAAUACAAUCCCAGGAAAUUGAAAAUGAAAAGCUAAAACUAGAGCAAGUUCACUUGUCAGAAGAGAAUAGUGGGUUGCGUGUUCAGAAUCAGAAACUCUCUGAAGAAGCUUCUUAUGCCAAAGAACUGGCCUCUGCUGCUGCUGUGGAACUGAAAAAUCUGGCUGGGGAAGUGACAAAAAUUUCAUUGCAGAAUGCAAAGUUGGAAAAAGAAUUGAUGGCUACGCGAGAUCUGGUCAACUCCCGUGGUGCUCUUGUGCAAACAGUUAACGGUAUUAACCGCAAGUUCGGUGAUGCAAGAUCUGGAAGGAAGGGGAGGAUUUCUAGCCGUGCUAAUGAAAUUUCAGGAGCUGUUGUGGAUGAUUUUGAGUCAUGGAAUCUUGAUGCUGAUGAUUUGAAGAUGGAACUACAGGCUAGGAAACAAAGAGAGGCAGCUCUGGAGGCUGCAUUAGCCGAGAAGGAAUUUGUGGAGGAACAGUGCAGGAAAAAAGCUGAAGAGGCCAAGAAAAGAGAAGAGGCCUUGGAGAAUGAUCUAGCAAAUAUGUGGAUCCUUGUUGCCAAGUUGAAAAAAGAAGGGGAUGCUGUUCCAGAAUCGAACAUGGAUAAAAAAAAUGAUGGUGCACAACCCUUAAAUGGUACAAAAAUUAAUGACAUUGAAAGUAAUAUAGUUCCCAAGGAGCAGCUCUUUGAUGCACCAAAACCAGAUGAUGAAAUUCCCAAAGAAGAGCCUUUGGUUGUUCGGCUCAAGGCGCGCAUGCAAGAAAUGAAGGAAAAAGAGCUCAAGUACCUUGGGAAUGGCGACGCCAAUUCCCAUGUUUGUAAAGUAUGUUUUGAAUCUCCAACUGCAGCAAUUCUGCUUCCAUGCCGACAUUUUUGUUGUAAGUCUUUUCCUAUCUUGCCUGAAUCUAUUAGUCUAAAUUUUGUUG